AUGAACGUGGGCUACGUUCUUGGCGAGGAGCAGCUCAACAGAUACUUUUCGCACUUCGGCAACGUUCUCGAUGUCUACCUGCCCAAGCACAAGUCUGGGAGGAACAAGGGCUUCGGCUUCACGACAUUCGAGGCGGAGGAGGAGCUCGAGCGUGUGCUACAGGCACCAGAGCACAUUGUGGAGGGGGUUGUUGUGAAGAUCAACAAGGCCGGUCCAAGGCCUGAAUAUGAGACCUCCCAGGAGAACCCGCAGACUCUUACCAAGGCUUCAUCUGACACCUCCAAUGGAGCUGGGCAUGCAUCGCUUGGUGGCUGCGGUGGGGCUGGCAUUGCCACCUCUUCUGCUCAUGGCCGUGGGCCACGGCUGUAUGUGGGAGGCGUGCCCGAUGAGAUCACAGAGGAGGACAUCAUUGAGCACUUCAACAAGUGGGGCAAUGUCGUCGACGUCUACUUCCCUGGCAAGAAGGGCGCCAAGCGCGUCAACUACUGCUUUGUCACCUACGACAACUGGCGCUCAGCACAGCGCGCCUGCAACCAGUCUGAGCGCAAUAUUGACGGCAAGCCCCUGCAGUCCAUCAGCAUGGCUGAGGAGCGUCAAGGCGAAUCACGGCCUGACGACGUGGGAUACAGCAGCCUUACAUCCCCCCUGUCUCCUGCACUGUCCAUCCCCCUGACCCCAGCCGCCAUUGCCACCAUGAACCUGGCAGCUCAGAGGGGCCUGGGCAGCUACAACCCGCUGGCAGGGCUGCAGUCCUUGGGAGGCCUGCAGUCUGUCAACCUCAACACUGUGCAGGGUUUGCUCGCAAGCGGAGUUCCUGUGAGCACGAUCCAGGCGCUGCUGACUGCUCUGGCUACCGGCUCAAAUGAGCCCCCAGCAUCUCCUACCGCAAAUGGUCUGGAUAACAGGACCCUGGCCAGCCUGCUGGCCAGCGGCGCCCUCGGAGCUCAGAAUAUAGCCUCCCCUGCUCCCAAGAAUACCCAUUACCCCAUGUUCGGCGCAAACCAACAGCCGUCUACAGUGGCAUCCUCACUCCUGGGCGGCCUGCAAUUCAGCAGCGCUGCAACUACCAUUCCUGCAAGGCCUGGCCAGGGAAUUGGAGGGAUGGGUAACAUGGCAGACCCCAUGGCGGCUGUGUACGCGAAUGUCAACCAGAACCUGUCCCCCACGGGCGCAUCGCUGCUCACCCCCUGGGGCAUGCCGCCUGGGCAGCAGGUGCAUGCAUGCGAGAGCCAGGAGCCCACUUCCCCCACUGCUGCAUCAGACCUCAGCGAUUAUCCCACCAGCAAUGAAGGCUUCAGUCCGACAUUUGCAAACGUCCAGCAGUAUGCGGCGAUGCUUGCAGCCCAGGCGCAGAUCAAGGCUAAUACAACCAAGGAUGGCUCUGCUGACCGCUUUGGAUCCAAGCCCAAUUUCAUGACCCAGAACAGCGCCCAGGAGCCGGCAGGCCUGGAGGGCCGUCUGCAUUCUGGAGAUCGCACCCCAAGCAUUGGCAGGGCACAGGUGCUGGAUGGGAUGUACGGCAGCCAGAAUGCUGCGGAUGAUCGCGCCAUCGAGGAUAACAUGCGCCUCCUGGCUGAAGGUCAACUGCGCGACCUGACCCUGUGA